GGGCGCUCCGCUCAGUGCCUUACCUGCCGCGAGGGGCUUCGCGCGCGCCCGCUGCGCCAGUGUUUACAUCGCGUGUGAUGGUUCGGUGACAGACACACAGGAUACAACCAGGCUACACCAUGGCGUGUGCCCGAGGGAUCUGCACCGCGGACAAAGUUUUCAUAUUCAUCAACAUCGCUUUCGCGAUGUACAGCGGCGCCCUGCUAGCGACGGCAGCCCGUCUGGCCUGGGACCCGAGCACAUACACAUGGUUCCGCUUCCUCUGUGCUGCCCAGUACCGGGCCUCGGCGGCCUACGUGCUGGCGGCUGGCUUGUGGCUGGCAGCUUUAGUGUACCUGGCCGCAGCCGCUGCGGCGCACCAUCCUCAUCAGCCCUCGCCGAAGCCGCGCUGCUUACAUCUGUACGCAGCCGGCGUGGUCUGCCUCGCCGUGAGUGAAGUCGGCUACGGGGCGUGGAUGGCGGCCUCGCUGGCCGCCUGGUGGCGCGAGGCGCCAGAAGCCGAGCUGGCCAGGAAGGGCAUGGAUCUGAUGCAUGACCUGAAGCCUAUGCUGCUGGCUGUUGAGCGGUACAGGGACGUGGCGAGGCCGGUGCUCGACAUGCUUGAUGAGGUCGAGCACAAAGCGCCCAACAACGUAUACGUCAUCAUGGUGUUCGGACUAGUGGGCAUGGUGUUGCAAGUGGCCGCGUUCGUGAUGGCGCGGCGCUUGGCGCGCCGGGCGCCUCCUCAGGAGGACAAGGAGGAUAAGGAGGCCAGCGCGUGCGUUGAGGAGAGCGAGGAGCCGGGCUGGAGGAAGAAGGCGAAUCUACGGAUGUAUACUAUACUUGACAAGAUUUUCUAGCAGGACGCCUCGGCCCCCGGGCCGCCGCCGCCCUUACCCAGCGCGCCCUGCGCGUCUCUCUCCCCGCCGCGCUCCAGAAAACGUUCCAAAAAACGACGCGGCCGACCCCCAAGCGCCCCGAAGUACAAUGACUCUAAAGACGUAGCGUGGGAUAAAGCGAGCGAGGGGAGGUACAUGACCCGGGAUUGGGAGCCCGGUGAGCGAGUGGCGAGGGAGGGUAAAGCGAUGGAAGGAAGGGGACCCGCUGCGGUGCGGGAGGGUACAGGGAGGGAGGGUUACAUGGUCCGGGAACUUUGGGAGCCCAGUCCAGCGCGGGAUGCGGCGUGGGACGCGGUUCAAGCGCAGUUCCGGGCUACGAGGAGGCUGCGGCCGCCCUCGGCGCCGCCUACGCCGAAUACCGCGGCUGCGCUUCUUAUAUUGCAUACUGAGCUGUAAUUCUAGCAAUGAAGACUUUUGAGUGACUGUUGGUUUAUUGUCACUUAAACGCGUUCAAACAGACAGAAAAAUGCGAACCAUUUUAAUAGCCAUGUAUUAUUAAAAACAAAAUCCGUCUAAGCUAACUUUUCAAUGACUUUGGCAUGGAAAAAUGAGGGAGUGACAUUAUAAACGCCGUAAUUUGACUUUUAUGUCGACACUCUUUACAUUGUCGCUGCCAAAUCUAUGCAAAGUUAGUUUGGUUUUCCUCUGCCAUUACUGCACAUCUAUUUAUGAAAUUUGAUAAUGCCGCAUUUAGCUAUGUUAUCGAAAACGCUGCUUCGCGUAAUCCUUCUUAAUCAAUGGGGUCUAGAGGAUUUUAACUUUUUGAAAAACCUGAUAACUGUGCUUGGUACGUAUGAAUGCCAGUGUUUGAGCUCGUCUUUAUUUAAUUGACUGAAAAGCGUUUUCCAAUGAGACGUUAUCUGUAAAUGAAAUAUUAUUCAUAGUUCAAAAAUUAUUUUAUAGAAAAAAGGAAGAAAUGAACUGUAUAAGAAAACACGUAUUAGUUACAUUAUAAUGAAAUAUUGAAAUUAAUUGUUAUUGUUAGACCGACUAAAGUCGGAUGAAUGAUAGACACUGCCAAAUAAAAUAAAGUUCAACUAAGCGCACCACAUUAUUCGAUAAUAGGUAAUAAAAGUGUAUAACAUUGUUACUGAUAUAAUGUAUAACAUUUAAAUUGCUAAUUCUAUAUAACGAGCGAGUCUUCUAAAACUAAAUUAUAAAUGAUUAAAGCUGCGAUCUCACGGGUAGCGUAAGAAACAUUAAACCAGUGCUUGGAUGACUUUGUACAUGUGGUUAUCUAACAGUGUUUUAGAUUUUCUAGAACAAUAAAUGUACCCAUUCCGCUGUGUGUGUGACUGCAGCUUUAGGUUCCGCCAGUUUGAUUAGGUUAUGUUCACAUUUGCGUCAUUUUUGCAUCUGCUUUAUUUCUCUAAUUUGAUUGGACACAAUCUUUCGGCUGGGUGAGUAAACGGAUGUUUGGUCUCAUAUGAGAAAUUACACAAAUGUGGACACGGCCUCACGUUACCAGUUUGACAAUAUCUACCUUCUAGUAAUGACAGACUGCCAUAUUGAUUUCUAGUUUAAUAAUUAAGUGUAACUUAGUUAAGUAAUGCCAUAUCACCGGGCAAGCGCCGACUCCUAUAUUAUACUCCUAUAGUUAGUUGUUUUAAGGUAUUUUAUGAUCUGUAGAGUAUUUUUUUAUCGUACGAAUGUGUUGAGUCUUCGAAUACUAUCUAAAGAUACUGGCAGGCAAUCGUGGCAGUGGAAAAUAAGCUUUAGAUAUUGCACUUUAUAUCGCAAACUAGCUGGAUUUAAUACGUUAGACCCCGUGGGUAGUCAAUCUUUGUCAUCACUUGUUUUGUAUUACAAAAGUUGCUUGCCGUACCUAUCCGUAACAUCUUGCCCUUACUUUACUUGUGCACACAUUUAAUGGUCUUUUCUUUAUGAGACUUUAAUCGUAAGGGAAUAAAGAUUAUUGUACCUAACUGUGAAUAUCUCUAUAAAUAUUUAAGUAUACUGCCAUGAUUGCAUGACCAUACUGUAUCUUGCCUUGCCGUUGAUUGUAUGUACUGUUGUUGAGGAGACUGGUGCUAUCUGCUCCCGUGCUCCCGCGUCGUCCCUCUUCAUUAUUGUUUUCAUUUUUGUUUGUUAAAACAAAGAGAAGUCUUAUCAAAAUACGAGCGUUCUACGUGUUACAAAAUUAUUGCCUUAACUCCAUUUCAAUAUUAAUUUCUUCAAAAGUUCUGUGAUAUAUUAAACGUUCUGGGGCGCCGCGGGUCGUCGCUCGGCGAAACUCCAUUUUGCUGUGAUUUGCUUUUAAAGUUCGAAACGACUCUUCUACGUAGAUAGUUGAAAUUGUUAGUAUACUUAAACAUGACGCGGGGUGAAAAUGACUCAGAACGAUAUCGACGAGCUUAUCAAAUUCUGUAAAAUAUACUCAAUCGAUUUCCAGUAGGUACAAGAUUACGCGAAUGAUAAAAAUAAUACUCAUGCCAUGGAAUAUGAAUAGGGAUAAACGAUUUAGCCGCUAUAUACGCACAAUCCAUUACAGAGAGUCCAUAUUUUCUAGUGUGUAAUGUUUAUCUUUGGAAUCCAAGUACAAAUGAUGAGUAAUUUCACCCCGCGAGUACGCGGCCUUUGGGCCGUGCCCCGAUGCCAAAUAGCUUUAAGAUAAGCCGGUGUUUGCUGCUUUUCCCUGACCAACUAAAGUCAACAUACUUCUCGACCAUAAACGUUUCCACGAGUUGUUUAUAAUACAAGUCCUUCUUGACUGGUCGGGACGAUAUCAAUACAAUAAGUAAUACGAAGUAUUUAUUAUGAUUCGAUAUUUAGGUCUAAAUCAAUGUACUGUGAUCGUGAACACCCAAUCACCAAAAAAAAGCCAUAAACUCCCAACUAUGGUCCAAAAUUAACUCUAAUAGCUUCGUUCUGGCAUGAUUAAGUACUAUUUGAAUGUCGUAAGUCAGGAAAGGCCUUUAGAUGUCAUAAUGCAUUGCAAUUAUGCAAACUUGAUUUGGGAAAGGCAGUGACGCGGUCAAGUAGCAAAGUGUAGCCGACUAUACUAUACCGACUAUGUUUAAAUUUUAAGGAAAACGAAGCAAUAAAGUGAUAUUUUUGUAAA